AUGGCAUUAAAAACAGUUUCUUCGAAGCUCGCAGCCCAGUUGGACAAAGAGUUGAUGGGACCCGAGAUUGGUUUCACUUUGGAACAGCUGAUGGAGCUUGCCGGACUCAGCGUGGCUCAAGCAGUUCAGCGCCAAUUUCCUCUCUCCAUCUAUCACAAGAAUAAGAUAUUGGUUGUAGCUGGUCCGGGCAACAAUGGUGGUGACGGCCUGGUAUGCGCACGUCACUUGGCGCUGUUCGGAUACCGUCCCGUUGUGUUCUACCCAAAGCGAUCUUCACGUACGCCCUUUUACGGGCAGCUAGUCAAUCAGCUCAAGUUCUUCAAGAUUCCAGUAUUGAGUACAGAUGACGACUGGAAACAAUUGUUACAUGCCAAGGACACUUUAUGUGUUGUGGAUGCGAUAUUCGGGUUUUCCUUCAAGCCUCCUGUAAGAGAGCCUUUUGGUUCCAUCAUCAGUGAACUAAUUAGCGUGCAGGAUCAAUUGCCUAUCGUUUCAGUCGAUGUGCCCACUGGCUGGGAUGUCGAUGAGGGACCUGUAUCGACGGAGCAUAUAGUACCAAGCAUGCUUGUAUCAUUGACUGUGCCUAAGCCGUGCUCCGCCAAACUUGAUAAGGACAAAACCGACCAUUUUGUUGGUGGCAGAUUCAUUCCACCUGAUUUUGCCGUCAAAUAUGGAUUUGAACCCUUUCCAUAUCCAUCAACUGACCAAAUUUUGAAACUUUAA